AUGCGGGAGAACAGCGCCCCUUUUCAUCGGGACCCGACCGGGUCCCCGCUGGGUCUCACCGUGGAGGGCAUGAAUAGAGAGCAUGCUCCUUUGUACGUCAGGAGGGAAGAGAACGGUGCACUUGUGCUCGGAUACAUUUUUGCUUAUACAGGGAUAUCAGAUGCCACUACUGACUGUGUGUGUGUGUGUGAUGGGCCUGCAGGUCUCACAGAGGUGCCUAAGAACAUCCCCUCUGACACCAAACUCCUGGACCUGCAGAACAACCGCAUCACCGAGCUGAAAGAGAAUGACUUCAAAGGCCUGGCUAACCUCUAUGCCUUGUCCCUGGUCAACAACAAGAUCUCCAAGGUCCACCCCAAAGCCUUCUCCCCCCUCAAGCACAUGCAGAAGCUCUACUUCUCCCGGAACUUGCUGACAGGGGUGCCCAAGAACCUGCCCCCCUCCCUGGUGGAGCUCCGCAUCCAUGAAAACCGCAUCAAGAAGGUGGCAGAGGGGGCCUUCUCAGGCCUGGGCAGCAUGAACUGCAUAGAGAUGGGUGGAAACCCCAUCCAGAACAGUGGGUUUGAACCUGGCGCCUUCAAGGGACUGAAACUCAACUAUCUUCGUAUCUCAGAUGCCAAGCUUACUGGGGUUCCUAAAGACCUUCCAGACAGUCUCCAUGAGCUUCAUCUGGACCACAACCAGAUCCAGGCUAUUGAGCUGGAGGACCUGAGCCGCUACAAGCACGUGUACAGGUUGGGCCUGGGCUUCAACCACAUCCGUAUGAUAGAGAACGGCAGCCUGGCGUACAUUCCCCGUCUGAGAGAGCUGCACCUGGAGAACAACCGACUCACUCGCGUGCCCAAGGGUCUGCCUGACAUGAAGUACCUACAGGUGGUGUAUCUCCAUUCUAACAACAUCAGUCAGGUGGAGGUGGAUGACUUCUGUCCCCGAGGCUUUGGGAUGAAGAGAACGUUCUACAACGGCAUCAGCCUCUUUGCCAACCCUGUGCAAUACUGGGAGGUCCAGCCCGCAGCCUUCCGCUGCGUCAGCGACCGCUUGGCCAUCCAGUUUGGCAACUACAAGAAGUAAAGAGCCAGAGAGCUAGGGAGACGGAGGAGGGGAAGGGAUGAGGAAAAAGGGAAGAAGUGGAGAGGAGAGAAGAGAGAGGAGAAAAGGAGUGGUGGACAAGAUUGAUGUUGUGAGGGGAGGAGAGAGAGAAACGGGUGGAACGGGUGGGAGAAGGUAUUGGUUAAGGAAGAAAAUGAUUAAUAAAGUUGACAUGUAUUUGAAUCUUUUUAUAUUUUCGGGAGAAAGAGAGGGGGAGAAAACAAGCAAAAAUGAGCAUGCAGUGAAAAUGUUAACCUUAACAAAGGAACCUUGAGUGUGAAAGAUGUCUGUUGUUUUGAGUCCGACACCGCUGAUUGGACCAGAAAAUAUAAAAGAGUAUUUGUUGUCAGGGACAAAACACAGAUUUGUGUUUUUUGUGGUUUGGAUAGACCGGAGAAUGGUGUCUUUCCCUUUUGUGAGAUUAUAAAGAACAGACAUAAAGUAUGCAGGUAUCGAACAUUUGUGAAACAUUUCAUUCCACUUUUAUAAAAUAGGUUUUAAUGUUUUAGUAGUUAUUAUUGUAAAUCAUCAUUUUGGUGAAGAUUAUAUACAGGCAAGCAAUAGAGACGUUAUAUACAGUUUUUAUCUAAACACAUUUCCUGUGUUGAUUUUCGUAGUUGCAUUCCAUCCUUUAUACUUUUGUAAAUGUUGAAGCUACAGUGAACAACAUUUCCAAGCUUCUAAUCAUGGUCAGUUUCAAAGAAUUCGGUUAAAACUGCAAUUGUAUAAUCGGUCUCCCACAUAGAGGAACUAGGUGGUAUUGACUCAGACCUUUAACAUCCACAGUCUGUCAGUUUUCCAGUAAUUACUUGGUUUUCGGCACAGGAAACUGUAUCAUCCACCUUCCUGUGUGGAUGUUGAUUUGUGUCAUCAAGCCCAGCAAAUGGUAUUAUACUGCACCUUUAUAAAGGAAUCAACUUGACCUGCAGGACUUGACCAGUAACCACAUGGACACAGAGUGAGCAGUUGUUUCCUGCGCUUUGGGGCUAACAGGACUCUGACUCUAUUGGUUAAAUACGUGUCGUCGCUCCUGUCAACAAGAGCAGUGUGUCUGUGAUGCUUCAUGUUAACUGGUUUCAAUGGGGGAGGGUGGAGUUGCCAUUAAUGCUAUACUGUAUUCUGCCAAGCGGCCGCAUGUGAGAAUAAAUAUCUUCAAACUUGAUAAUUUGUGCGAAGCAGAGAGAAUGAGAGAGAUUGAGAGAGAAAACAUGCCCCUAGUUUUGGAGGCUGGUGUGUGAGAAAUAAAAGAUCAUUACAACCGUUUCCGAAAGUUUUGAAGUAUGUGAAAGGGAAACGCAUUUUUGUUGGAUUGGUUUGUUGACUGUGUUCUUGAUGUAAAAAAAACAAAAGUAAAGUACAAUCACUAAA